AUGGAUAAGGCACGACUCGAGUCGACCUCGGCAUCAACGCUUCAACAGUCAAAGGUCCUGCACCUUUCAGUCGUCAUCGUCGCAUUCCUUGGUUGCCUCUUUGGCUUGUCUGGAAUGAGACAUCGUGCUGCUGCUGCUGUGAACGAUCCCAAGACAGAGACGGGAAAGCGAGAUUCCGCUUCGAUGAGCACACCACAAAACGGCAAGAACUCGCAGCAACAGCAAACAAGAAGCAUACAGGCAACCCUUGUCAUUUCGUUACUUGCAUUCGCUGCCCUAUUGUUAUUGGUCUUUGGAACAAACAACAACAGCACCAUGUCAAUGACAGCUACCAUCCGAAAGCCAGAUCCAUCAGAGGAGAGAUCGCAGUCGACCAAGCCUCCCGCAAAUGACAAUCCUGCAGCAUUGGAACAACUACAGUCCCUCAAGAUUGUCUCCAUGAACCUGGCAGCUUGUGAUCCAUCCGAAGAGGCACCAUCCGACUGGAAUGUGGAUACUGUGACAAAAGCCGUGCAAAAGGAACUCCUUCAUGAGGAUCCAGAUAUCUUGGCCUUGCAAGAAUGCCCCCGUCGGCCAGAAGAAUGGGCGGCCACUUAUUUUGAGGGGUAUCAGGUGAUGGGGGUCAAGUCAUCGCAUGCCUUUUAUGUAAUGCUCCUCGUCCGAAACGGUCUGGAUGCCACCCCCGUGCCGCUAUCGGAUCGUAUCCCUGCCGUCGUGGCAAAAAUUACACAUGCCAAUGGAAGAGCUGUCAUGGUGGCAUCCUGUCAUUUGGCACCCUUUGCGGGCGGGGCAGGUAGGCGCCGCCACCAAGUAGGGGGGUUGUUGGAUGCCGCGGGCAAGGAGCAGCCUCUCGUGAUUGCUGGGGAUACGAACAUGAGAACGGAAGAAGACGCUGUCAUGGAAGGGACUGACUUUGGAUUGCUCGAUGCUUGGAAGCUCGCAGGUGCUGAUCCAGCCACUCAACACACGUGGGACACUAGGAAUCAUAUGGACGAGGAGGGCGGAUACUUUAACAAAUACUACGGAGACAAAACGCGGGAGUAUGCCACUCGCUACGAUCGCAUCUACAUUUCGCCUCCAGCACAAGCAGAUUCAGGAAUGGUCUCGGUAGAGUCGUUUGGGUUGUUGGCCAACAAACCAGUGAUUCCGUCCAGCAGAACCCAUUUUCUGAGCGAUCAUUUUGGGAUGGUUUGUGAGCUAAAGAUCUAG